AAGGGGGGAAGGGUAAUGGUCCAUUCGAGUCAGAGGCAGGACAUUUCUUUCCAUACAUGGUUUCCUUUCAAACAGAGGAAUCAGACGGGAACGAUCAAAGGUUCUGACAUUUGAUGUGACCUUGAAAAUGGCUAAGGAUGAGGACAACAGCAGGGUCCAUUUGUUGGAUCUCCCUUGGGAAGAUGUGUUGGUCCCACAUAUACUUAGCUAUCUCCCACUGAGGCACAUACUAAGUCUCCAGAGAGUCAGCAAGCCUUUUCACUCCCUGGUCCACAUUUAUCUCGGCAAUUGCCGACACUUUGACUCUACUCAGUUGGGACCACAGUUACCCAAAACCACCUUCUCUGAGCUGCUUAAGAACAAUACUGUAUUGCAGAAACUUGACCUACAAAGCUGUUCGGAUUGGUUAACAGACAAGGAGCUGCUUCCUAUUAUUGGCCAAAACCAUCACCUCACCUACAUCAAUUUGAAUAGCUGUGGGCAGCUAACCCGCCAGUCAUUGGUUGCGAUAUCGCUCAGCUGUCCUCACCUGCAGAACAUUUGUCUUGGUCAUUGUGACUGGGUGGACUGUCUUUCAAUGCGCAGUUUAGCUGACCAUUGCAAAUGUUUGGAGGCAAUUGACCUGACAGCUUGUCGUCAGUUGAAAGAUGACGCCAUAAGCUACUUGGUGCAGAAGAGCACAAGACUAAAAUCCCUGUCACUGGCAGUCAAUGCAAACAUUAGUGAUAUUGCUGUUGAAGAAACGGCUAAAAGCUGCCGAGAUCUGGAGCACCUUGAUUUAACAGGAUGCUUGCGUGUAAAGAAUGAUUCUAUUAGGACCCUGGCUGAAUACUGCAACAACCUGAAGUCCCUGAAAGUAAAGCACUGCCACAAUGUCACGGAAUCAAGCUUAGGAAACUUACGGAAAAGAGAAGUAGUGCUUGAUGUAGAACCCCCUCUGCAGAGGGCGUUGGUUCUCCUGCAGGAUGUUGUGGGCUUUGCACCAUUUAUAAACCUCCAGAUCUAGAGCUGCUACUACUACAGUGUAACAUUAGCUACCAAUAGUUGUGCCGACUGCAGUGGAGUAUACAUUCAUAUUCUGAAAGGUUCUGUGAGGAUAGAGAAUUCUGUAUUUGUUUGUGACUUGAGUCUGCUGUAGUGAACUCCCUUCAUUCAACAGGACCAUCAUCGUGAAUUGCUUUUAAUUGCUCAUUAUUUAAAAAAAUACCUGUGAGCCAAAUGUUAUAGUGAAUAAUGAUAAUGAUAUAUGAUAUAUUCUGUAUAGCACAAUAGAGACUAAUUUAAUUAGUGAAUAAUAUGAUAUUCUGUACCAAACAGUAGAGAACUUUUUAAUUUAAAUAUGCAACUAACUUUAUUGGAUAGUGAUAUUUGGCUGAUGAAAUCAACUGGAAGUAUUUGUGUGGGGAUGCUGGGAGUUAUUCAAAAUACCUGGGCAGCCAAAAUCACACAUCAUUAAAAUGAUUGUGAAC